AUGUUCAUCGGUGGUCUGAACUGGGAGACUACAGACCAAUCCUUACGCGACUAUUUCUCCCAAUUUGGCGAGGUGGUCGAGUGCACUGUCAUGCGAGACAACAGCACAGGGAGAUCUAGAGGGUUUGGCUUCCUUACCUUCAAAGACCCCAAGACGGUCAAUAUUGUCAUGGUAAAGGAACAUUUCCUGGACGGCAAAAUCAUCGACCCUAAGCGCGCCAUUCCGCGAGACGAACAGGAAAAGACAAGCAAGAUCUUUGUGGGCGGUGUCAGCCAGGAUACAACGGAUCAAGAGUUCAAAGAUUACUUUGCUCAGUUCGGACGGGUGGUAGAUGCCACGCUUAUGAUGGACAAGGACACCGGACGGCCUCGGGGUUUUGGAUUCGUCACCUUUGAAAACGAGGAGGGCGUCGACGCGUGCCUCAGGACUCAUCUCGAGAUUCACGGCAAGCCGAUCGAGGUCAAAAAGGCCCAGCCCAGGGGCAACCUUCGCGAGGAGGAGGAGGCAGCCCGUCGUGGAGGGAAGUUCCGUAAGGGAGACGACCAGGGCUCGAAUGCUGGAGCAAUGAACGGCCAGAUGGGCGGGGCGAGCGGGAUGACCCCUCAGGUCAUGGCGCAAUACUUCCAGCGCAUGCAACAAUACUUCACCAUGAUGCAGCAGCAAAUGGCCAUGCAGCGAGGCAUGCCCAUGAACCCGGCCAUGAUGCAGCAGAUGAUGCAGAUGCAACAAAUGCAACAGAUGCAGCAGAUGCAGAACCAAAUGAUGGGCGGCCGGGGCGGAGGCGCCGGCAGUCCCCAGAGCCCGCAGGGGAUGACCAUGACUCCGGCUAUGAUGCAACAAAUGCAGCAGAUGCAGAAUCAGAUGAUGGCUGCUGGUGGUGGUGCCGGCGGAGGCGGAGGCCAAGGAGGACAGGGCCGUGGCGGGGGUUACGGCGGCUUCGAUCAACAGCAGAUGUACGACCAGCAGGGCCGACGAGGUGGAGGGCGCGAUCAGUACGGUGGCCAAGGAGGAGGCUACGGCGUGGUAGCCGGAGUUGCCGCCGGAGGUGCUGGGGGCGGCGGCGGCGGCGGCGGCGGCGCUGGCAUGACAUCGUGGGAGGGUAUGUACGACGACGUUCCACAACCCAAUAUGCCUCCAAGCGGCCCUGGCCGUGGUUUUAACCGCAAUCGCGGCGGUGGCAGCAUCAGCAGCAGCAUCGGUGGCAGCCCGCCGGUGGAUCCCAACAACGCUCCGCCCGCCAAUGCGCCCACCGGCCCCAAGAACGCCGGAAAGCCGGGCGCCAACUACCGGGGAGGGGGUCGUGGCGGAACUCGUGGAUACCACCCUUAUGCGCGAGGUUAA